AUGGAUAUUGCAGCGGCUUUUGUAGCUCUGGCUUGCCUAGCGCUGUCAAUUUUGGUUGUCUCGAACGAUCACGUCUCGUGGUAUCUUGGUACCGGAAAUCGUCAGCUCAUCGUCAUCGGGUUUCUCCUCAGCAUCAUGAACCUGUGCCUAGGCAGUGUCACGCCGACGUUCUUCUUACUUCUCGAAGCCCGUGUUGGAAAUUCCACGCUACAGAAUUAUGACGGAAUUCUUCGCAACACACCUAUGGCAUCCAAACUGAGCUUUGCCUGGCGCAUGGUCCUUGUAACCAUGCUGGCCCUUCCCGUUGGCCUCAGUGCAGCGUACAAAACCUUCACAGGCGGUGAGAGCAGCAUGAAGAUUCACGCUCCCGACUACAUUACAAACGCCAUGUACUUCGGUCUUUUUAGACCGCCAGCCACGGCAUCAUCAAUGCACGGAGUUUCAUUCUUUUUCAACGCAACCAACUCGUUUCGAGAUGCAAGUGAACGAGCAGCGAAUCUCUCUGAACCUCCGCUGCCUACUUUCCCUCAAGCUUACGGCUACAACAUCCUAUUGCUUAACGGUUCCAGCGCCGCGCAACUCGAUAUUCUAGAUCCCAAUUAUAUCCUCAAAAUACAGAAGUUGCUUGCUCCCGGCGAGUCUUGGAACAUCACUGCGUCUGUGCUCGGUACCGUCGCUACCCUCAACAAAUCGGCGGCCACCGAAGAGGACUUUAAGUCCGCCUGCAAUGAGAUGGAAUCCAACCACACUUGGUACCAUGAAAGUAAAGACCUAUUCGGACCGGCAAAGACCGACUGGACAGGUCGUCGCGUGCCGCAGGAGGUGAUUGAUCGGAUUAUGACGGAGGUUGGAAAGUGGCCCAUGGGCCUAGAAGAGGCGAAGAGGGUGUGA